GUUCACACUGUCGCAAAAACCGCAAACUCUGCUGAAAAGCGUUUGAAAUGAAGAGGACACCGAACAACAACAAGGUGCAUUAAAGUUGUCAGAUACUUCACAGAUCGAGUCUCAGCGGGCUUCAAGAUCCACAUGGCAACGUUCAGCGGAGAAGGAAUAAACCACCUGUUAGUAGAAGUGAGUCCUGACAUCCACAUCUGUGGCUUCUGCAAACAGCAGUACAACAACUUUGAACACUUCUUUGCACACAAGCAAAACUGCUGCCAGAUCCCGUCGACUCAUAUAUCAUCCCGAAACGCUGGGCCCAGUGAGUCAUUUCAGACAUGUGUACCAAAAGUGAAGAAGACCCUCACCAAAGCCCAGAAAGCCCCCUCCAAAAAGCUGAAACCUGCACUAAGUCAAAAAAGACACACAUGCACAUUCUCAGGUUGUACAUUCAAAACUCAGUAUGGCCAAAAAGACAUGGAGAGACAUAUUUUAACACACACUGGUGAGAGGCCUUUCGAGUGUGAACUCUGCCAUAAACGCUUUAGUCGUCGCGAUAAGCUGAAUCUUCACAGCCGUUUGCACACGGGAGAGAAACCGCACAAGUGUAAGUACUGUCCGUACGCAGCGGCCGACAGCAGUAGCCUGAAGAAGCAUCUUCGCAUCCACUAUGAUGAGAGACCCUUUAAGUGUCAGAUAUGCCCUUACGCCAGCCGCAACUCCAGCCAGCUGACCGUUCACCUCCGAUCUCACACAGGUGACGCCCCGUUCCAGUGCAAUCAAUGCGAUGCCAAAUUCAAGAUCAACUCCGACCUGAAGCGCCACAGUCGGGUUCACUCCGGCGAGAAGCCUUAUAAGUGUGAUCUCUGCGAAUAUCGCUGUGCGAUGAAGGCUAAUUUAAAAUCCCACGUGCAGCUGAAACACAGCGCCUCGGACUCCUUCCGCUGCUCAAAAUGCGAAUUCCAGUGCUCCGCCAAAGCUGCUCUGCGACACCAUUCCCGCCAGCACCAGCCGGCCCAGCCUUUGCAGUGCAGCGAGUGCAGUUACUCCUGCUCAAGCAAGGGGGCGCUCAAGAUCCACGAGCGCGUGCACUCAGACGAACGACCCUUUAAAUGCGAGCACUGUUCAUUUGCUAGUAAGCAGCGCAGUAAUUUGUUAAUUCACAGGAGGAAGUGUCACGCAGAUAAACUGGACAAGCAGGGUAAGUCUGGAAGAGAACGCGAAACGGGGGAGGAGCCUCCGAAACCUCUCAGCACGCGUUACCGAGCGAGACUGGAAGCAGCACGAGCCUUUCGUUGUGACUUGUGCGAGGCUUCAUUCGUCAGGGAAGACUCUCUUCGCAGCCACAAGAGGCAGCAUAACAGUAAAAUACAACAACAAAGUCAAACUGUUACCAAUCAACCAGUACAAACAGCGGGACAAACCUCCGUCACAGCCGACACAUCGUCUUCCUACAACACGACACAUCUUAAGAUCAUCAUGGCGCCCUCUAUAGGACCGGAGGCUACUUUUGUCCAAGCUGCCACUGGAAAGGCUGGAGCCAUUCUACUCGGUCCAGAGGAUCACAAUGUGCUUUUGAACCCCGUAAUACAGCACGUCAACAUGCUAGCGCCAGAGUCCGGCCUCGAGCACCAAACGGUUUUACUCACUCAGAUCGACUCCAGUGAAACAAGCCCUCAAACCAGUACCCAUAACUUCAUCGCCUCGUGUUCUGCGUCCGCUUCCGACGGCACACACACCUUCAUAACAUCCUGUUCUGACCUGGAAAGCCUCCACAAGCUCAUCCAGGAGGGUGGGACUGAGGUUACGGUGGUAACGGAGACGAAUCCAGCGAUUGCCACCCCAAAAGAACCCCUGAACAUUGAUGGUUCCUCGUCUCAGGACAUUUCUGAGCACGCUGAAGAUAGUUUAGAUAUGGGUCCACCUGAAACCAUUCUUGUUCAAAGUCUCCCUCUGUCGAUUUCAACACAGGAACAGGACCAACUGUCUCCACACCAUUUAUUUUCAGACUCCAAUACGGUGGACAUCAGUGAUUCGUAGUUUUUUGCGCGAAUAACGAGAUUCCACUGUGAUGUUGACUUUAAUUAGGUUAGACACCAUAUUGAAUUAAAUACGGGUGAAAAUGAGACUGUGAGGAUUGGACUUAGAGUUUUAUAAUGGCACACACUAUAUAAAGGUCCUAGAUUUUGGCGUUUCGUCAACAGUCUGUAUUUCAUUAAACAACAAUACAAUCCAUUGAAUGCAUUGUACUUCUAUUACUCACAGCCCGUUUUCAUUCACAUCAAAAAUUAAAUAUGGUGCUGUCCUGAUCAAGGUCCGACAUGAAGAUAAAAUUAACUGUUUGUUUGGUUAAUUUCCUGUUUCUUUAUCCAACUAAUGCUUUGUUAAUGUUGUGUUGGAAUUACUUUAAUUAUAACAAUUAUAAACCUCAGAAAUGUUUCAGUGUUCAUCCAAAAUGGAUCCAUGUGGAAGUUUGUUGGAGAAAACAAAAGCGCACAUAUUAACACCAGUAAAAAUAGUGUUGAGAUUAAAACCUUGUUAACUUGUUGUUAACUGUGCAAACUGCUGCCAUUUUGGUUCAAUCAUGCACAUUGGUGGGAGAAAUCAGAGCUUUCACAAAAUUAAGAGUGGGAACUUAAAAUUAAGAGUUUGAAAAAGACAUGAAUGGAUCUUACAUUGGAAAAUGUGUAAUUAUUGCAAUUAAUUCUGACAAGAGCUGCAGCAUCAUUUAUAAAGGUUGCCAUGUUGGAUCAGGGAGUCAUUGUUUCAUUUUCAAGUUAUCCAUCAAAUCAAAAGUAGACAAAGUAUGUUUUUUUCCCCUCUAUUUCACAGUGAAAUAAACAUUCUUCUUUUUAAAUAAGA